AUGAAGAGGAAGGAGAGCUGUAAUGAGGGAGGUCCCUCGAAGAAGAAGAAGAAAUGUAAUCAUCCUCUCUCCGUUGAUCCGUCUUCAAUAGUUCAUCCCACCUCCACCAAUCCAAUUGAUCCCUCAUUCAAUACAUCAAGUUCACCCAACCCCAAUCCCAAUCCAGCAAGUUCAUCCAACCCCAAUCCAACAAGUUCAUCUAAUGAAGACAUAUCUUUCUUCAAUGAUGAUUGCAAACAUCGGUAUGAUAAUUGCUUUUAUAAUAGGCCUUUGUUAUUGGAGAGGGGUGUUGUACUGGAUGAAUUAAAAGAU